AUGGAGGGAAGUACAGACCAAAAAUUCGGCGGGCUGCCGCCCCACCUGGUGCUCCCCAUGCUGCUGAUGAAGCAAAACAUGAAGAACGCCAUGCUGGGCAACCUGAACAUCACCCGAGUGAAAUCGGAGUACUCCGCCGAGCCCAAGGUGUUCUGCCCCUCGUGCGGCAGGGGCUACAAGCUGAAGAGCUCGCUCAGGAACCACAUGAAGUGGGAGUGCGGCAAAGAGCCGCAGUUCAAGUGCCCCCAUUGCUCCUACAGGGCGAAGCAGAAGAUGCACAUCACCAGGCACAUCGAGCGCAUGCACAAGGUGCUCGACGGCUCCGCGGUGAAGACCGAGGAUAAUGUCGAUUCCGAUGAUAACGGGGAGAAUGCGGUGAAGAAAGAGGUAGUUGAUGAUGGUAUUGAUAAUGAGGAAAUCAAGUAG